AUGUCCCGAAACGGGAGUACACCCUACUACGCUGGAGAUCAGGCAUACGAGUAUUAUCGGGACGUGGUCGAGUUUGGGGCUGAUCCGACGGGAGGGAAGUCGAGCAGUGAGGGCAUCAAUGCGGCGGUGUCAGCCGGGAACAGGGCGAACAAUACUGUUACUACCCUCCCGGCUUAUGUCUCGCUGCCCCCGGGGGUUUAUCUGAUUACGGAGCCGGUGCGGUUAUUGGUGUCGACUUAUCUUGUCGGGAGUCCGGGGGUGUUUGGGGAGACGGUGUUGAAGGCGGCACCGGAAUUGGGGACACGGCCGGUGGUGCUUGGUUACGAUCCCUAUCAAGGCCAAGGCAGCGCCAACAAGAACUUUUAUAUCGCCCUCCGCAAUGUGGUGGUUGAUAUGACUGCUGUACCGAAAGAGACGGCAGCUAGGGGGAUCGAAUGGAGUGUAAGUCAGGGGAGUAGUCUCUCCAACAUCAAGAUUGUGAUGCCGAGGGGUGAGGGGGUGAGGCAUAGGGGGGUGGCGAUGGAUUUUGGGGGUGGGUCGGGGAAGGUUGUUAGUGAGGUGAUGGUUGAGGGCGGACAGAUAGGGUUGGAAAUAAAUAAUCAGCAAUACACAUUAAAGGGGGUGAAGGUUAAGGGGGCGGAGGUGGGGAUUAGGGUGAAGAGGGGGUAUGUGGUUAGCAUCAUAGGGGCGGAAAUUGAGGGGUGUGGGAUUGGGUUGGAUUUAAGGGGGGGAGAAUGGCAAAAGGGGGAGGUGGUUGGGGGGGUGUCGGUUGUUGAUACUGUUUUGAGGGAAUGUGAGACGGGAGUGAUGGUGAGAGACAAGGGGCAGGGGGUGGUGUUGGAUUGGGUUGAGGUUGGUGGUGGAGAGAAUGUGGCUGUUAGAACUGGGGAUAGGGAGGUGUUACUGAGGGGAAAUGUGAAAAGGGGGCAGGUGUGGGUUAUGGGGAAUAGAUCGCCUAAUGACUCUCAAGAAUCCAAAACCUACCCUGCCCCCCGGCAGCCCUCCCUCGUCACCCCAGAAGGAACCUACCUCACCAAACCACUGCCGCAAUACACCUCGUUCCUUCCCUCCCAAAUAAUCAACAUCAGAUCCGACCCCUCCCACCCCGUUUACGGAGACAACACCCACGACGACGGCCCCUCCAUCAGCGCUAUCCUCGCCAAAGCAUCCACCCCCGGCUGCAAUACCGUGGUCCUCUUCCCCCGAGGCAUUUACCUCACCCGCUCAACCAUCCUGAUCCCACCAAACACCCGCCUCGUCGGCGAAGUCCUAUCUACCAUCUCCGGCACCGGUCCCUUUUUCUCCAACCCCUCCUCCCCCCAAGCAGUCGUCCACAUCGCCGCUCCCCCCAAUUCCGAUGUCACUGGCCCAGUAGAGCUAUCCGACAUCCUCAUUUCAGUCCAAGAAAUCUCCCCCGGCGCCACCCUCCUGCAAAUCUCCCUCCCCGAUGUCUCCCUCUGGUCUGUCGUGCUGAGAGUAGGAGGCAGCAUCGACACAACCAUCACCGAUUCCUGCUCCAACCCAAACCCAUCAACCUGCCUCGCCGCGCACACCUUGUUGCAUAUCACCUCGACGGCGUCAAACAUCUACCUAGAAAACAUCUGGGGCUGGGCAGCCGACCAUGCCCUGGAUGUGAUCCCCAACGUCCCAGCGCAAAACAUAGCCGUUGGUCGCGGGUUGACCAUCUCCCACACCUCGGGGCCGGUAACCAUGAUCGGUACGAGCUUCGAACACUGCGUACUGUAUCAAUACGGCUUCUUCGACACGAGAGAUAUUCUGGUGAUAGGGCAACAGACUGAAUCACCUUACUGGCAGGGUCAGGGUACUUCCUUGCGAGCUCCGGGGCCAUGGGAGGGAGAGGUAGCAUUUCAUCAUUGUGAGAAACAAGGAAAGGGUGGUGAUGACAGGUGCUUCCGCGCCUGGGGAGCGUACCUCGACAACGUGACCAAUACAACCAUCCACGGGUCGGCAAUGUGGGUGUUUUUCAACGGGAUGGAUGAUAACUUGUGGGAUGAUCCGCAGUGUGAGGGGACGGGUGGGGGGCACGAUGGAAGGGGUGAGGUGGUUUUCUAUGGGGAGUAA